UGCAUGCUUUCUCAUCAAAAGAAAACAGAAGCACGAGUUUUUCCCUCACCUUCUCUUAAUCCAAUAAGAAAGAAAGGGUGGUGUGAAAGUCCAACACAUUGCCGAUAGUUGGUGGGAUUCAGGGGAAGGAAUGACAGGUUCUAGUGGCGGCCCCCUUAGGGGUCGUCUGUGGCCUCAAUUGGCAGUGGCAUUGACUAUUCUCUUUGUUGCAAGCAAUGUAGGUUCAGUCUCAGGAGAUGCUUAUGUUUACAGUUCUCCACCUCCACCACCGUAUAUAUACAAGUCUCCACCACCUCCUUCACCUUCUCCACCACCUCCUUAUGAGUAUAAGUCACCACCCCCUCCUUCUCCAUCCCCACCACCACCAUACAUGUACAAGUCACCACCUCCUCCAUCACCUUCUCCACCACCUCCUUAUGAGUAUAAGUCACCACCCCCUCCUUCUCCAUCCCCACCACCUCCUUAUGUGUACAAGUCACCACCUCCUCCAUCACCUUCUCCACCACCUCCUUAUGAGUAUAAGUCACCACCACCACCCUCUCCAUCUCCACCACCACCUUAUGUUUACAAGUCACCUCCUCCACCUUCACCAUCACCACCUCCACCAUACAUAUAUAAAUCCCCUCCACCCCCUUCUCCAUCACCACCACCUCCCUACUACUAUAAGUCACCUCCACCCCCAGUACAUUCUCCUCCUCCACCAUAUUAUUACGAGUCACCACCACCACCUUCUCCCUCACCACCCCCACCAUAUUAUUACAAGUCUCCACCACCACCCAAAAAAUCACCACCUCCACCAUAUUACUAUAAGUCACCACCUCCUCCCUCACCACCACCACCACCACCACCAUAUUACUAUAAGUCACCACCUCCUCCCUCACCAUCACCACCCCCACCAUACUACUACAAGUCCCCACCUCCACCUAAACAUUCACCACCCCCACCUUAUUACUACAAGUCACCACCACCACCCUCACCAUCUCCUCCUCCUCCAUACUACUACAAGUCUCCACCUCCUCCUUCACCGUCUCCUCCACCACCAUACUAUUAUAAAUCUCCUCCGCCACCUUCUAAAUCUCCUCCACCUCCUUAUUACUACAAGUCUCCCCCACCUCCAACUAAGUCUCCACCUCCUCCAACACCAUACUACUAUAAAUCCCCACCACCACCUUCACAUCCUUUACCACCACCCUAUUAUUACAAAUCUCCACCACCACCUAAAGCUUUACCUCCUCCAUACCACUACAUUUCUCCACCUCCACCUGUCAUUUACCCUCACCCCCACCACCAUGAUUUAAUAGUCAAAGUGGUAGGAAAGGUUUAUUGCUACCGAUGCUAUGACUGGAAAUAUCCAAUGAAGUCACAUAAUAAAAAGCAUCUAAAAGGCGCCGUGGUGGAGGUAACAUGCAAAGCAGGUACAAAGAAGGUCAAGGCUUAUGGUAAAACCAAGAUCAAUGGAAAAUACAGCAUUACAGUGAAAGGUUUCAAUUAUAGAAAAUAUGGAGGCAAGGCAUGCAAGGCCAAGCUUCACAUGGCACCAAAGGGUUCACCAUGCAACAUCCCAACUAAACUACAUUGGGGUAACAAGGGUGCCUCUCUAAAGGUGAAGUCCAAGACAAAAUAUGAAGUUGUGCUCUCAGCUAAACCAUUUGCUUAUGCUCCUAAGACCCCUUACAAGAAGUGUCACAAAUACAAGCCCACUCCUGCUCCAUACUACUACAAGUCACCUCCACCUCCUCCUUCAACUUACAUUUAUAAGUCACCACCACCUCCACCAUAUCUUUACAAGUCACCCCCUCCACCAUCAUAUAUCUAUAAAUCACCACCACCACCAACUCAUUCCCCACCACCACCAUAUUACUAUAAAUCACCACCACCUCCCUCACCAUCUCCACCACCUCCAUACUAUUAUAAAUCUCCACCACCACCAUCUCCAUCACCACCACCACCAUACUACUACAAGUCACCCCCUCCACCGUCGCCAUCUCCUCCUCCACCCUACCACUACAAGUCUCCCCCACCACCCUCUCCUUCACCACCACCUCCAUACUACUACAAAUCCCCACCUCCCCCCUCACCAUCUCCUCCACCCCCAUACCACUACAAAUCCCCUCCUCCACCAUCCCCAUCACAUCCACCACCUUACUACUACAAGUCUCCUCCACCACCAUCUCCAUCUCCCCCUCCUCCAUAUGUCUACAAGUCCCCACCUCCCCCUUCACAGUCACCACCUCCUCCCUACUACUACCAUUCACCUCCCCCACCAGUGAAAUCACCUCCACCUCCAGCUUACAUUUAUGCUUCUCCACCACCACCAACACACUACUAGGCUCGAAAUACUCCUCCAUUCAUCACAGCAAAUCACGUUUUAGUUUAAGCAACGUAAUAAAGGAAGGCUCCAGUAGCGAAAUGUGCAGACACGAAGCAUCCUAUCCAAAUCCAUGCAAUAAGGGUCUAAGUUUUGCGUCAGAAAGCUACAACUUUUACCAUUCUCCAGUCUCAAACUUCAACGUGACAAUCUUGCACAUCAUCAUCUUAUUGUGUUCAAAUACUGGUUUUGGCUUCAAAAUGUUCUCUAUGCCUUCUUAAGAUUAGGAAGUGAGGUGGGAGAAGAAGGAGACCCGGAUUUGGAAGUGGGCUUUUAAUUAGCAGAUUGUUUGUUUGUUCUUUCUUUUUAAAUUUAUUGAUCAAAUGGGGGGUUCCUUCUAAUUUAUUUACUGUUUGCGCUACCGUACAGCCCAGUUUCAUCUGGGUUCUAUUUAUUAUGGGCAAUUGUUGUUUCCUGGACCUUUUUGUGCUUUGCAAAAAGGUUGUUCGUAAUAAAAGAUCACCACCUUCCUCUUC